GACCGAGCAGGAGAAGGCGGACGAGAUCGAGCUCAUGAACCAGAACUCGGCUCUCCUGACGGACGAGGAGACGUACCUGCACGGCAUCCUGCCCGACUGCCAGUGGGUCUUCAAGGCCUUCUUCGAGCGUGCCGACAAGCGCGCCGCGGAGAUGGAGGGCCUCACUACGGCGAAGGAGUACCUCGUGGGGUACAACCCGAACACG